AUGGAAGUCAGGCAUGACUGGCUCUCCUCAUCCCCCCAUGAGGGUUUCGAGCAGAUGAGGCUGAAGAGCAGACCCAGGGAGCCUUCCCCAAGCCUCACUAGAGUAGGUGCGAACUUCUACAGCACUGUCAAGCAGCAGGACUACAGUGCCAGUGUCUGGCUGAGGAGGAAAGACAAACUGGAGCACUCCCAGCAAAGAUGCAUUGUGAUCUUUGCACUGGUAUGCUGCUUUGCAAUUCUGGUUGCACUGAUAUUUUCGGCAGUGGAUAUUAUGGGAGAAGAUGAGGAUGGACUCUCAGAAAAGAACUGUCAAAAUAACUGUCGGGUUGCUCUUGUGGAAAAUAUUCCUGAAGGGAUCAACUAUUCAGACAGUGCACCAUCCCAUUUGUCUCUUUUCCAAGGCUGGAUGAAUUUGCUUAAUAUGGCUGAAAAGUCUGUUGACAUAGUAUCUUCCCAGUGGGACCUCAAUCACAGUCAUCCAUCAGCAUGCCAGGGUCAGCGUCUUUUUGAAAAAUUGCUCGAACUGGCAUCCCGAAAUAUUGAGAUAAAACUAGUGAGUGAUAUACUGCCCGUGGAAUCAAAGGUAUUAAACGACUUGAAAACAAAGGGUGCUGAAGUGUUGUAUAUGAACAUGUCAGCAUAUAAUGAAGGUCGGCUUCAGUCGUCUUUCUGGAUUGUCGAUAAACAGCACGUGUACAUUGGAAGUGCCAGUCUAGACUGGAGAUCGCUGGGACAGAUGAAGGAACUUGGCGUCAUUGUAUACAACUGUAGCUGCCUGGUCCUGGAUUUACAAAGGAUAUUUGCCCUGUAUAGCUCUUUAAGAUACAAGAAUAAAAUACCUCCGAGUUGGUCUAAGAGACUGUAUGGAGUGUACGAUACUCAGAAUAAACUGACACUGCAGCUGAACGAGACAAAAGCAGAAGCUUUCGUGUCGAAUUCACCUAAACUCUUCUGCCCAAAGGACAGAGUCCUGGAUAUUGAAGCUAUAUACAGUGUUAUCGAUGAUGCAAAACAGUUUGUAUACAUAGCUGUCAUGGACUACCUGCCCAUCGUCAUUGACACCAACGCUAAACGGUACUGGCCAUAUUUAGAUGGGAAGAUAAGAGAAGCGUUAGUUUUACGAAGUAUUAAAGUACGACUUCUCAUAAGUUUCUCAAGAGACACAGAUCCCCUUACUUUUAACUUUGUUUCAUCUCUGAAAGCUAUUUGCACUGAAGUUCCAAGCUGUAGUCUGAAAGUUAAAUUCUUUGACCUUGAGGAAGAGAGUGCAUGCUUUCUUAAAGAACAGAAGAACACUUCCUUUCCUAAAUUAAAUCGUAACAAAUAUAUGGUGACUGAUGGAGCUGCAUACAUUGGUAAUUUUGAUUGGGUAGGAAAUGCUUUUACGCAGAAUGCUGGAGCUGGCCUUGUUAUCAACCAAGCAGACGCGGGGAACAGCACAAGCAUCAUUAAGCAACUCAAGGCUGUUUUUGAAAGGGACUGGUACUCACAUUAUGCCAAAAGUUUACAACCAACAAAAAUCCCAAACUGCUUUAAUCACAAACUUAAUAAAGCAACAUCAAAUAAGACUGCCAUGAGCAAUGUGAACUAGAAAGACUAUUUUACUGUUUGGUAUGGCAAUGAAGAAUUACAUUGGGGUGUAACCUUCUUUCAUAUUUACAGACAAAAGACUCAAAGAAAA